UGUUUAUUUGGUUUUGUUAUUUAUGGGUUAAUGUUGCUAAAUAAUGACUAGACACGCUAGAAACUGUACUGCCGGGGCAGUUUACACUUAUCACGAGAAGAAAAAAGACGCAGCAGCAUCCGGUUAUGGAACCCAAAGCGAACGCGUAGGCAAGGACUCCGUUAAGAACUUCGACGACUGCAGCCUGACUUUGCAGCCUUGCAGGAACCCCGUCGUCACUAAGGAAGGCUAUCUCUUCGACAAGGAAGCUAUCUUGGAAUACGUGAUUUCUAAAAAGACCGAAUACACCCGUAAGCUGAAACGCUAUGAAAAGCAAUUAAAAAAAGAAGAGAACGAAAAAAAUGAGCUUGCAGCGGCUGAAAAAGAGGCAAACCUUAUCAAAUUCAUGAACAGAGAAAAGAAUAUAUCCAGCUCUACAUCUAAGAACUCCGAAAGUGGGCCCUCGUCAUCUCAUUCUGUCUCAAAUCUCGCUAAUGGCAAAGACAAGCAUUUACCUAGUUUCUGGGUACCAGCAAUGUUGCCAGAUGCUAAGAUUUCUAAAGUCGAGAAGCCAGACCCAACAGUGUACUGCCCAAUCAGUGGAAAACCCUUGAAAAUGAAAGACCUGAUUGAAGUUAAGUGGACAUUGGUACCAGACCCGGAUGAUAAGAAGUCAUUGAUUGCGAAAGAAAAUAGAUACAUGUGCCCUGUGACACAUGAUAUCCUGAGUAAUGCUAUUCCAUGUGCAGUCAUCAGAACAACAGGUCAUGUAGUGACAAUGGAGUGUGUUGAAAACCUGAUAAAAAAGGACUGGCUGCACCCCCUCACGGGAGACAAACUGAAGGAAAAAGACAUCAUCCCCUUGCAGCGGGGUGGCACAGGCUACGCCCUCACCAACCAGCACUUGGAGAGCAAGAAUGAGAGGCCUGUGUUGCAGGCCUGAAUUAGUGGUUGAUGUAGUUACUAAGUAAUAGUUGACAUAUU